CCCAUCUCAACAUCCCCGUUCCCUUUUCUUUAAUCCCGAUCAAUCUCUUUUUCUUUAAACCCAAAUCUCCCACCUUCCUUACCUCAAAACCCAUCUCUCUAAAUCCCACUUCACACCAAAGAUCAUGCAUAAUUUUGGAGAUGAACUCACUAUAGACACCUACAGAGUCCCCUGGCUUAUUUGGAUCCAGGUCAUAGUCAUGGUCCUCCUCCUCCUUCUACUCUACUGCUUCAGCUUAUUGGUCCUGGAUCUCCCAGAUGACAACAACAACAACAACAACAACACCAAGCCUUCAUCUUCCAGCUCUCGUUUGGUUUCAAGUCACAACUUCACCACCUCUGUUUCUGCAAACCGUUUGCAGAACACCCAGGUAGGAGAAAGUAUGAAAGGUGAAAUAGUACCGAGCACCAGUAGAGUAAUGAGGGCAGAGGACAUGGUAGAAAUGGAGGGCUCUGCAACACCCAACAUAUAUCUCCAUCCCUGCCAUUAUUUUAGACUUGCGAGGGUUGCAUUUCUCAAGUGUUUGGGUUUGGACCCGUGAAAAUGUAUCAACCCCACGGCGAGGGAUGAGAAAAAAAAGCUGAGAUGAUUUCCACGGCGUAGAGAUUUAGUUAUUUUCGGAUAAAAUGUUGCAAGAAGUCGAGCAGAGAUGUAUAUUGCCCCACGAACUUGACGCAAUGCUUGCCAACAAGUACUGGUACAGAGCGCUACAAACACAAACCAAUUGAAGGUUGUGACAGAACUCCGGAGCGUGUAGUAGGAGGCAUUACGGAUCCAACGCUUGUGACAUAUUACGGAUCCAACGCAUAUAAUGUUUGUAAAUGGUAUUUGAGUGAUAGUAGGACCAUUGGUUGCUACUCAAAUUUGACUGUACUAGAGAGUAGGGAUUGAUUUUGUUGCCAGCAUGAUUCUCUUUUCAUCAGACAGGAAAAAAAAAUGAUUUAGAAUGA